AUGAGCUCAAGACGUAAGUUUUACACGCUAGUCAUUUGUAUUGCACUUUUCCUAGUACUGCGAAGAACUGCAAAUACUGGCACUGAAGUAAAAAUGGCCUCGAAGUACUCAAAUCCAGUUGUCAUCAUCGGCUCUGGCCUCGCAGGUCUGAGCACGGCAAAUCAGUUGGUUUUGAAGCAUAAAAUUCCAAUUGUGCUUUUAGACAAGGCUUCCUCUCUGGGUGGAAACUCGAUAAAAGCUUCUAGUGGUAUAAACGGCGCAUUCACUGGUACCCAAAAAUCGCUUGAUGUCGAGGACUCGGAAAUUGCCUUUUAUCAGGACACCGUCAGCUCCGCUAAGAACGCAGGAGUCAGAACUCUUAUGUCCAAACUGGCCACGGACUCGAGCUCUGCGAUUUCUUGGCUUCAACAAGAUUUCAGUUUGAAGCUAGACUUGCUAGCACAGCUGGGCGGUCACUCUGCUCCCAGAACGCACCGGUCCUCGGGAAAACUACCACCAGGGUUCGAAAUCGUCCAGGCGCUCUCGAACUCCCUGAAAAGCCUUUCUGAGUCCAAUCCACAGAUGGUUCAAAUUCACCUGAACAGUAAGGUGUUUGACGUGAAAAUAGUCGACAAGAAGGUCACGUCCGUGGAGUAUUACGAUCAAGAUGGAGUGGCACAGCGUGUUCACACCGAGAAUGUCGUGUUCUGCUCCGGGGGCUUUGGGUUCUCUAAAGAACUGCUGGACAAAUAUGCUCCUGCUCUCAAAAACUUGCCAACCACCAACGGUGCUCAGACUACAGGUGACGGUCAGCAGCUGAUUGAGAAACUGGGCGGCAAAUUGAUAGAUAUGUCUGAGGUGCAGGUUCAUCCUACAGGCUUUGUUGACCCAUCCGACCCGCACAGCAACUGGAAGUUUUUAGCAGCUGAGGCUCUUAGAGGGCUUGGAGGUGUUCUCUUGAAUCCGUUGACUGGAAGGCGGUUUGUCAACGAACUGGGCACUCGAGAUGUCGUUACAGCUGCCAUUCAAUCAAAGUGUCCACAAGAUGACAACAAGGCUCUUCUCGUCAUGAGCGAAGCGGUCUACGCUAACUACAAGAACAACAUGGACUUUUACAUUUUCAAGAAACUAAUUCGCAAGACAACGGUUGCGGAAUUGGCCAAUAACGUUCCAAUUAGUGCAUCUGAAUUGGCUUCUGAACUUCAAACCUAUAGCUCAGAAGCAUCUGAUAUCUUUAACCGUGUUUCCAGAAUUAACAAUUUUGGUACUGAAGUAGAUGAGAACACUAAGAUUUACGUUGGAGAGAUUACGCCGGUAGUCCACUUCACAAUGGGCGGAGCCAAGAUUGACGAACACACUCGCAUUCUUGAUUCAUUUGAUAAGCCUAUAGCAGAAGGAUUGUUUGCUGCCGGUGAAGUUUCUGGAGGUGUUCAUGGCGCCAACAGACUGGGAGGAUCCAGUCUUUUGGAAUGUGUAGUGUUCGGACGCACUGCAGCAGAUACAAUAGCAGCAAAACUUUAA